AUGGCAGAGGGUAGUCCCAGUAGCCCAAGACGCGCCUUCAGCCGCAAUAUAUGCUACCCACAACUGGUCGAAGCUCUGGCAAACUAUUGUGGCCAAGAGCACAAAGGAGAUGACCCCCCAAUUUCUGGCUUGGAUUCACAAUUCAUUGGAAAUUGCACCUCUGGUAUCUCUCAGCUGGCUGAGGUCAGGGAUAGACAUCAAAUUGUCGAAAAUCCUUGCCCAGGAACGCCUGAGGUAUACAGUACCAAGCUAAGGGAUUAUACAGAGCUUGAAAGAUGUGUUUCUCAUUUAGGAGACCCUGCUGUUUUGUCGUUUUACGAUCUUGUUCGUGAACUUCAACGAUUCCCCGCAGCGGCAACAAGCUUUGAGUACUGGGCAACCGAAAAGCCUGGUGAAGCAGCUGUCCUAUAUAUCAUCAAGUGCCUCGCGUUUCUGGGAUACCAGGCCUCGAUGGAAGCUAUAUUGGAAGACCCAAUCAAAAUGCUGGGCAAUAUUUGCUAUGCAUUUGCUCUAAAAUCAGCUGGACGAGGACCAUACGACCGUCCAUAUGACCUACCCAAGACUCCACCAUUCUCAGAAUGCGAGGGCAGAAUCGCGGAGACAUCCCAUGAAGACGGAUCCGGUAUUGGAACUUCUACUGGGGAACGCGAGCGUCAGACAGCAAAAGUUCCGAAUGAGUGCAAAUAUGGGCACGCCAGAGACGCGAUAUGUGCAAACUUGACCUCGGUUGGCUUGGCCUUCAGGAGGGCAAUGGUAGACGAUGGCCAUUGCGGUUACGAUGCCCUUAAAUGCACUACUACUCUACUACGAGCUUGUAACCUCUUAUUCCGCGCUCGAGGAGCUGACGCUGGGCGGGCUUGUAUCAAAUGCAUUUCGGACAAGGCUAUGAGGGACUACCACCAGCACGGAGUUGAAUGGCUCGUUGAAUGGCUCCUUUCAAGAACUGAAUCACGACUGCCGCGGGAUCCUUUACCUGGUACACUGAAUGACCGGAUUCGGGCCUGUGAGGCAAAGUUGAACAUCCGGAGAUUCUCAAUGACGCCGCAGCAUCGUGAUGGUACGAAGCUUAUGUUCAAGACUGUCAUGUCCGUCAUGAAACCAUUGGAAUUUAACCCUAAAUACAAGUUAGAGAAGAGGGACUCUGAUGAGGUUCAGAGGGACUCUGAUGAUGUUCGUAAGGCUUCACAGACGCAGUUUAUCUAUGCUGCCGCUUGCUUGCUAGAACUACAUUGCAGCCCCGAAGAAGCUAUGGCGUAUCAGAAAUGCAGCUCUGAAAGAGCUUUGCUGCAUCGGCAUCUUGAGCUCUUUAACAAAAUCAUACAGAAGGUGGCCCGUCAAAACUGA